GAGAGGCGAGGCGCGGACGGGCGCGAGGCGAGCAGCGGAGCCGCCGCGGAGCGCAGGGUGAGGGGCCGGGGGGGGGGGCUCCCGGCGCUGCUGCAGAGCCAUGCUUGCCAACUCGGCCACGAUGCGGAUCCUCAUCAAGGGGGGGAAGGUGGUGAAUGACGACUGCACCCUGGAGGCCGACGUCUACAUCGAGAACGGCAUCAUCCAGCAAGUGGGCCGGGAGCUCAUGAUCCCGGGAGGGGCCAAGGUGAUCGAUGCCACCGGGAAGCUGGUGAUCCCGGGCGGCAUCGACACCAGCACUCACUUCCACCAGACUUUCAUGAACGCCACCUGCGUGGACGACUUCUACCACGGCACCAAGGCUGCUCUGGUCGGAGGGACGACCAUGGUCAUCGGUCACGUGCUGCCCGACAGGGAGACCUCCCUCCUGGACGCCUACGAGAAGUGCCGGAGCCUGGCCGACCCCAAGGUCUGCUGUGACUACGCCCUGCACAUGGGCAUCACCUGGUGGGCUCCCAAGGUGAAGUCGGAGAUGGAGAGCCUGGUGCGGGAGAAGGGGGUGAACUCCUUCCAGAUGUUCAUGACCUACAAGGACCUGUACAUGCUGCGGGACAGCGAGCUCUACCAAGUCUUCCUCGCCUGCAAGGACAUUGGCGCCAUCGCCCGGGUGCACGCUGAGAACGGGGAGCUGGUGGCAGAGGGUGCGAAGGAGGCGCUGGAUUUGGGCAUCACAGGACCAGAGGGAAUCGAGAUCAGCCGACCGGAGGAGCUGGAGGCUGAAGCCACGCACCGUGUGAUCACCAUCGCCAACCGGACUCACUGCCCCGUCUACCUGGUCAACGUGUCCAGCGUGUCUGCCGGCGAUGUUGUGGCUGCCGCUAAGAUGCAAGGGAAAGUGGUGUAUGCAGAGACCACCACGGCGCACGCCACGCUGACGGGCCUGCACUAUUAUCACCAGGACUGGUCCCACGCCGCCGCCUACGUCACUGUGCCGCCCCUGCGGCUGGACACCAACACCUCCACCUACCUCAUGAGCCUGCUAGCCAACGACACCCUGAAUGUCGUGGCUUCCGACCACCGGCCCUUCACCAGCAAGCAGAAAGCCAUGGGCAAGGAGGACUUCACCAAGAUCCCGCACGGCGUGAGCGGCGUGCAAGACCGCAUGAGCGUCAUCUGGGAGCGGGGUGUGGUAGGGGGGAAGAUGGACGAGAACCGCUUUGUAGCCGUGACCAGCUCGAACGCGGCCAAGAUCCUCAACCUGUACCCACGGAAGGGCCGCAUCAUCCCCGGGGCCGACGCAGACAUUGUGGUGUGGGACCCUGAAGCCACCAGGACCAUCUCUGCCAGCACCCAGGUGCAGGGGGGAGACAUCAGCCUGUAUGAGAACAUGCGCUGCCACGGGGUGCCGCUGGUCACCAUCAGCCGCGGGCGCGUGGUCUACGAGAACGGCGUCUUCAUGUGCGCUGAGGGCACCGGCAAGUUCUGCCCGCUCCGCUCCUUCCCCGACUCCGUCUACAAGAAGCUUGUCCAGCGGGAGAAGAGUUUAAAGCUUAGGGGCGUGGAGCGCACCCCCUACCUGGGGGACGUGGCUGUGGUGGUGCAUGCUGGGAAAAAGGAGACGGGGACUCCACUUGCAGAUACCCCCACCCGACCUGCCACUCGACACGGGGGCAUGAGGGACCUUCACGAGUCUGGCUUCAGCCUAUCCGGUUCUCAGAUCGAUGACCACGUUCCAAAGCGAGCUUCGGCCCGGAUUCUCGCUCCCCCCGGAGGCAGGUCUAGCGGCAUUUGGUAAAACCAGCGACCUGUCCCCAAACUAAGGACGCAGCAGCAGCUCCCCACUCCUCCUGCCGGCCCCGCCCCCACUGGAAGACCUGGCCGUGCCGCCCCCCCGGGCACCGGGACACCACAGUGCUGUCCAGCAGGGCUGUUUGCCAUCCAGUCCCGCCAGGAGGCGGCGCCCGCUGGGAGGAGGCUGCGGGCGGGCCAUGGCGGGUAUGGCCAUGCACCCGCGCACGACUGCAGCUCCUUUCUGUGGGAUAACGUUUGCUUUGCCGGCUGCGAUGCUGGGCUCCUGGGCCCAUGGCGUGCAGCGUGGGCCAGGUGGGGCGCUGGUG